CUCGUGUCUUUUUGAAGGGACUCUUUGAUAAUUGAAUGGACUCCGUGUCUAAGAUAUAUCAUAUCCAACCCCGUCGUCUUGCGCCGGGCCGCACAUGGGGUUGCAUCUCAUCAAGCGAUUUGUCUCGAUCGGCAAAGCAAAGGCUGCAAAGCGCCUCCUCGCCUCACAACGAGGGGCCAAAACCACCCUUCCCCUGCCCAAAUCCAUGAUUGUCGCCGCCCAACCUAUAUGAGGUCAAUGCCCACCACCACCUCAGUUCUAUUCUCCAUGCGAAUGCAUUCGUCACAAGUAACUACAACUACUAUUGCUUGUGACAAACCACGCUCUCGUCACCGUGAAUCCUCUACUCGAGCAGAAGGGCCUGCCUUCGCAUUGCAUUCCCAACGUCGUUGCGCUGCGCUGUGCCGCCUACGUGAAUAGAUACUCGACAAGCUUCAAGGAGUGACAUCGCACCCCGCCAAACAUCUCGAAACAAAACACCCUCCUCCUUCUUCUGGCCUCCUCCCAACCAGCUGAAGCGAUAGCAUCACAGCAUGUCUUCUGCUUCCUCUCGAACUCGCCCGCACCGGCGCAUCGAGAGUAUACAAAAUGAUAAACGACUGUCUUUGAGCCGAAAUACCUCCUCCAAAUCACGAACGAAAGCCCCUAGCUACAACGAUGCAUACACAUUCGCCCUCCGAGUGGCAUUCCUCCACCAUCUUCUCCAGCCUCGAGCAAAGAGAAAGCAGUAUGUUUCGGCGCCAAAGCCUAUAGCUGCUAGGAAGUCGGUCAUGAUAGGGGAAUUGAUCCAAGACUUUUCAUUAAUGAAAGACACCAAAAGCGCCAAAUUUCCCCAUGGAUUCAUGUCACCCCUAGAGAGAAGACUUCAAGGCGUUCUGAUAGGUACCGAGAGACUGCCGGGAUAUAACGAGGCUGCGGUGAAGCGUACUUUUGCCGAAGCAUAUACCGCAUUUACGGAAACAGGCUUUCGCAAACGAAUGGAUAAAGAGAGACGUGUGGAGGAUUUGGUUCUAAUAUUUUACUCAAACGCAACCAAAGCCCUUCAGAAGGGCAAGGCCCCUGAUGAUGAUUCAUGGAAACUCUUGGUGGAUCGCCAUGUGGCUUUAUUUGUCCGGCUGAUUAGCAACACCCUGAAAGAUCAUGGGAAUGAUAAAGAUCGUCCCGAGUUGAUGGGCCGACUGGCAACAUUGGAGAAAAAACUGUUGACUAACGAUCAAGAUUUAUUCAUUAACAAGAGCGACAAUGCUGGAAGCACCACAAUUGAAGUGGUAGCACCCCUAAGUUUCGAUGUCAAAGACAUGCAAAUGGUUCAGACUGUGGCCAGAAUAUUUGGUCUUCAAAAUUCACAGGUCCAGGCUGACAUAGAUGCCAGCAAGAAACUUUGGACUGAGGAGGCCGCCCUUACGGAUUUGAAGGCUUACCAGCAUUGCCUGGACUCCAACACAAAACGCACUCUUAGGAGUGAUGACUUCGACUUGGAGGAGGCAUACCAAGCUUGGAAGAAGGGCGAGAUACCCGACCUGUCCCAUAUGAUGGCGGAAAUAUUGCAAGCAAGACCAGAGCUUGUCAAAUCCUCUUCGGGCUCGAAUAAACCACUUCCGCCAGUUCAUUCGGUUUCGACCAGUGCUGAAGACCAAGCUUAUUCAGAUUUAUCCAAGUCCAUCUCAAGCCCAAUUGAACCUACAUCCCUUUACUCUUUUGACCAGCCUGUUGAUAUGAGUGCCUUAUCUAUACAGGAUGAUGAACCUGGGCGCCUUUUCCUUGAGCAGUCUACCUACACGUUCAUUCCUCCCGAUCCAAGAUCUUACUACAAAUUGAUACUGCAACACGCCAUGUCAUUUGACCACCUCCAGGGCGCAGGAUCGAACGACGGCUCUGGAGAACCUGUGGCAACUGAACUACUCUCCCGGCCAUCGUUGGACCUAAUGGCAGAAUUAUGUCUUCGAUGGCGCAUUCCUCAAUUCACUAGACUGGUAUUAUUUCUGGAUGUUGCAGCACAGAAGUUUCUAGAUCAAGAAAUUGGCCUUGAGCAGCUAGAUACUGCGUUCGACUUCGUUAAGUUUCCUCCGCCGGACCCUAAACGUCUCAAGGUUGAGCCUCAUACUGCUGGAUUAUCCUCGAUUGACCAGAACUAUUGGACGGUUCAAGACUUUGCUCAAUACCGACAAAUACUAUCAAAUUUGCAUGAUGGGCUUCUUCGGGAUCUUUACGACGUGUUACAGCACUGUUAUGAUCCGAAGCCACCUUCCCCAGGACCCAUCAUGGUCAUACUUGACAACCACAUUUAUAACGACCCCUCAUUUUUCCAAGGUGAGGAAGAAGCGGAGUCUUAUCGAGUUCAGCUCGAAGAAGGUCUUCGUUCCAGAGCUGCUGGUGUCUAUCGCGACUAUUUAGAGGCCCAGGUUCCCCAAAAUCAAGAGGAGUGGCAAUUUUACCACGUCAUACAACUUGGAAAGGCUGUUGUCAAGCUCUGUGAGAGAAUUCAGAAGAAGUAUCGUAAGAACCCGGACAUCAUGGGUGUCAACCCAUUAACCAUACUUAUCGAAACCAUGUUUCCAAGUUUCGAAGGCGAUGCGCAUGAUUUGAUCCAGCGGAUUCUCCACGUAGCCCAGUCUAAGGAACUAGAAGUGGAUUUGGAGGAUGGAUUCGAGCUCUAUAAAGAGCUCAAAGAAAUCCGAAGUAUCCAUCAGGCUGCUUUGCCUGAGAAGCCAUUUGCUUUUCCCAUCGAGGAAGUUCUGGCAGACUUUGUUUGGCGAUGGAUUCGUACGGCAGAUGAGACUGUGGUUGGUAUUGUGGACAAUGCCAUCAAGCAAGAUAAGUUUGAGGUUCAUAUGGAGCACCCUGACUAUAUUCCCUCCGAUUCAGAGAGGCACAGCUCCUCUGUUGUUGAUAUAUUCACUUUUUUCAACCAAACAGCAGAGAAAAUAUUCCAGCUGGACUGGGAUAAUGAAUUUCACUAUGCAAAGUUCAUGACAGCUAUGUCAAAGUCCUUUGGAAUUGCACUUGGUCGAUACUGUGAAGUUCUCGAUCAAACUUUCAAUAAGGAGAUGGAUCGACUAUCACCGGCUCAAGAAGCUGCCGCCCAACAGACAAAACAGGAAAAGUGGAUGCAGCUUGCAAAGGAUGCUUGGAAUAACAAGGAGAAGAUCGAGCCAUUUCAGUUUUACCCAGAGGUAGUGUCUAACCUAGCCAAUCACUUGAUAUCGUAGCUAACACAUGUAAAGUCCUUCGUCAAACUCAAUAAUAUCGAAUACGGAAUUCAGCAGCUUGAUACGCUUGAGAAGACAAUGAAAGUCGAUGCUUGUGCAGAAGUUCUAGCUAGGUUUCAACCGCCUAGAGAGAAGCUACGCCGACCUUCAAAAUAUGUCUUUACUAUCAAAAUAGUAGAGGCGGAGGAUAUCAAGGCUUGCGAUCCAAAUGGUACUAGCGAUCCUUAUGUUGUGCUUGGAGAUGAGUAUGGAAAGAGACUAUCGAAGACCAGAGUUGUAAUGAGGACUCUCAAUCCGCGCUGGGACGAAUCUGUUGACAUCACUGUGGGCGGGGCGAUUAUGAUAAUUGCAACAGUGUGGGAUUGGGAUACAUUCGGUGAUCACGACUACGUCGGGAGAACUAACCUGAAAUUAGACCCCUCUCAUUUCAGCGACUAUAUGCCACGGGAAUAUUGGUUGAACCUUGACACACAGGGCCGGCUCCUACUGCGAGUUAGCAUGGAGGGUGAGAGAGACGACAUUCAAUUCUAUUUUGGUAAAGCUUUUCGUCUACUGAAGCGAACCGAACGGGAUAUGACACGAGUGAUCACAGACAAGGUAUUUCGAGCGACAGUGAUAUUUCACACAAAAACUAAUAUAUCGAUAGCUCUCACAAUACAUUAACUCAUCCCUCUCGCACGAAGCUCUACGGCAAUUGCUAUCUCGAGGCGGUAUGUCAGUGGCCGCGGUCACAAGCUUGUGGAAGAACCGACAAUCUCUUAUGCCAACACCAAUCACGCCUCUAGAGAUCGAAACUGCCCUCCAGCCACUUUUUACCUAUUUCAACGAUAAUUUCCAAAUUAUGAAGCAGACUUUGACGGACGAGUCUAUGGUUAUGGUCAUGACCAGACUGUGGAAAGAAGUUCUUCUAGCCAUUGAGAGCUUGCUCGUCCCACCGCUAUCAGACAAGCCGUCCUCACAGAAGCCUCUCAGUCAACAGGAACUAGAUAUUGCUUUCAGAUGGCUAGACCUCCUCUUCGAGUUCUUCCAUGCAAAGGAUGACGAGACAGGAGAAGUCUUGGGUGUUCCUGAGGACGUGUUGAAGUCUUCCAAGUACCAUGAACUGAAAUCGCUCAACUUCUUCUAUUUCGACGCGACGGACAACCUCAUUCGCACAUCAGAACGUAUGGCAUCAGCAACUGCUCAACGUGCACAGGCGCAACGAAACCGUCUCUCUGCUCCUGCCAGUCUUGGUGCCUCGUUUGGUGGUCUCAUGGGCACGACGUCGAUGAAGAGAGCGAAGAGUAUCAUGAUGAGCCGCAACCUGGGCACCAUGAAAAAAGCCAAGGAGGAAAAACGCAAGGAAGCACAGGCUGAUCCAAGUGACGAUAUGGUCUUGAGAAUCCUGCGGAUGAGACCUGAAGCUGCGUCCUACAUCCGAGAUAGGAGUAGACAGAAAGAACGACUUGCCGCAGCGGCGGCGGCGGAAACGAUUGUGCGACAGAGUCUGGCACAGGGAGGACCUCGAUUUGGGUCCAACAAUUUGCCGAGACGGUAGAGGAUUUUGGGAUGGAGGUAGGAAAACUGGUGGGCCUUUGUGGUUUGGGGGGUCUUUAAUGAUUGACGGCUGAAUGGGGAUGGAUUAGGAGUCUUCUUUUCUUAUUUCUUCUCUUCUCUCUUUUUCUUCCGACUUUUUGCAGAUGGCGUAAGAAGUGAUACCACUUGUGUUUAUGAACGUUUUUUUGUAAUGAAUAUUUCGGAAGAGUUUUGUAGUCGAAUUGACUUGUUUUUUGUUACCUACACAUA